AUGAUUGCUGCGACGCCUAAAAAUUCGGAGACGUCUGGAACCGCCGCAGGAACGGCAGCAGCAGCUGAGACGGCAGAAGCUGGGACGGCAACAGAUGGGACGGCAGCAAAUGGGACGGCAGCAGCUGGGACGGCAGCAGCUGACCCACCUCGUCGCCGCGUGCUGCUGCCGCGGGAAUCGCCUGAGGAGUUCGGUUCGGGCAUGCAGCUUCACGAGGAUUUGAUGCCGCUGUGGGACAUGGCUGCCCGCGUUGCUAUUAACGGCACUGUGCUUGUCGUUGUCUCCAAUGCUGGCUACACUGACAUGCUGGAGAACUGGGUGCGCCACGUCAGCAACGCGGGGCUGGGAGCACACUUCAUCCUCUUUGCCGAGGAUGAGGAGACACUUAGGUUCGGCCAGACCAGAUGGCCCAGACAGACAAUCCACCUGGCCCUUCCCGACCAAUCACUCUCCGCCACCUGGCAGGCCUCCUCCGAAACACUCUUCCCACACUCGCCACACUCCGCCACGCGCGCAGGCACUCUCUCCUUCCACCUCCUCGCCUCCCGUCGCAUCCUCUACCUGCUCCACCUCCUCUCCUUCGGAUUCAACCUCCUCUAUUCCGACACAGACGUUGCCAUUCUGCGCAACCCUCUCCCUGAAAUCAACGCUGAUCCGAAACAGACGUUUGACAUUGCUCUCACUUUCGACGGGUACGAGUCGAACUGGCAGAAAAAAGCGGUUCAGGUGGAGAGUUACGGCAUCGCGAAGCUGGCUGACCGGAAACUUUCCGUUUCGAGCUCGCUGCUUUUUCUCCGCCCGACGUCCGGGGCUAAGUGUUUGGUGGGGGACUGGGCGAAUCGAGUGAUGAAGUUGGGGAGGGAUGAAGGGACAGAGCAGGAGCAUUUAAACGCACUGAUCGUCGAAAUGGACAAGUACGGUCUUUUGCCGAGGAUUGCUGUGCUGCCCGCGCAGAAAUUUCUGUCCGGUCAGCUGCUGCUGGAGGAUGAUUGGGCGACGGUGGAGGCUUUGAAAGGGGAGCUGGUGACCGUGCAUGCGGGCGGGCUGAUGGGAAAAGAUGCCAAGCGGUAUGCUCUGAACAAAAUAGGGUUCUGGAUUACUGAGCCGGAUGCAGCAGCAGCAGCAGGAGGUGGAGAAGGGGAGAGUGGAGGGACAGAAGCAACAGCAGGAGGAGAAAGAGGGAAAGUAGCAGCAGCAGCGACAGCAGGAGGCGGGGGAACCUCGGGUGAAGCGGCAGCAGGAGCAAGGUCGAACUCUGGUCCUGCUUCUUCUUCUAACGAGGACAGCAAGUGGCCUAGUACCAGCAAAACCAGCGCCCUCAGCAGCAGCAGCAGUAGCAGAAGCAACGGUUUGGGUGCAGGGGACAAGGGGCCCUUCUGUGUGGGGCUGCUGUGUCCUGAGAUGCAUGUAUCGGAGGAGGAGGUUGUGCUGCUGUCGGUGCAGCCGUGGGUGCCGCGGCAUGUCGAGAAGAUGGACGCUCUUGUUCCCAUGGUGGCUUCAGCCGACCGCUUUGUGAUCGUCACUUCAGCGUGUAAAGGUCAAAUUCCUCUCUUCACUAAUUGGUUCAACGCCAUGCACUCUGCUGCCAUGGCUGGCCAUGUGAUCGCCUCAGUGCCCCAAGAGGUGGAGGGCACGAGCGAGGGCCUGCUAAGACAGCCGGAGGAGAGCGAGUCAGACCACAAGGCAGCCCUCACAUGCCUGCUGCUGCCCUUGCUGCUCAUGGAGCGAGUGCUCAAGCUCGGCUACAACGUCAUUUACAGUGACAUUUCCUCUGUAUGGCUCCAAGACCCUCUCCCGUUCCUCCCUCCCGAGUUCAACGCAGCCCUCCCCUCCUCCGUCCCCUCAUCCACCCAACCACCGCCGCCCUCCAACAACAAAAUCGACAGCAAACUCAAACGCACCCUACCAAUUUCUCGCCCCGACUUGGGAUAUUUCUCUCCCUGGUUCGCCGCCCUUCGCCCAUCCCGGCCAAUUCUCCUGAUGCUGAAAGAAUGGGCUGUUCUCGCGUUGGAAGAUUACCGAGAAAGAACAGCCGUGGCGCAUAGAAACUCCCUCGCGCGCUCGCUGUCCGCUUCGGAGAGCUUAAAAGUGGGGCUGAAUGAGGCUAUAACGAGAAUGGUUGAGGAGGGCGAGCCGGGGUCGAAUGUUGGCGUGUUGUCGCGGUGGUUGUUCCCUCCGGCUUGGAAGGUGAUGGGGGAGAGGGAGUGGUUUGCGAGGCAUCGGGAGGAGGUAGUUGUUGUGCCCAAUGAUUGCGGGGAUGAUAGACUGGCGACAUGCAUUUCGUACGCUCGCACUGUCCGUAGUGACGUGGCGAUGCGUGGGGCUGCCCGUGGUGACGUGGCGAUGCGUGGGGCUGCCCGUGGUGACGUGGCAACGCGUGCCGCACCCCCUAGUGACGUGGCAAUGCGUGACGCACCCCCUAGUGACGUGGCGAUGCGUGACGCACCCCCUAGUGACGAGGCGAUGCGUGACGCACCCCCUAGUGACGUGGUGAUGCGUGGCGCCGCCCGUAGUGACAUGGCGAUGCAUGGCGCUGUCCGUGGUGAUGUGGCAACGCGUGACGCACCCCCUAGUGACGUGGCAACGGGUGACGCACCCCGUAGUGACGAGGCGAUGCGUGACGCACCCCGUAGUGACAUGGCAACGCGUGACGCACCCCGUAGUGACGUGGCGAUGCGUGACGAACCCCGUGGUGACGUGGCGAUGUGUGACGCACCCCAUAGUGACGUGGCGAUGCGUGGCGCCGCCCGUAUUGACAUGGCGAUGCGUGGCUCUGCCCGUGGUGACGAGGCAACGCGUGGAGCUGCCCGUGCUGACGUGGCAACACGUGGCGCUGUCCAUGGAGAUGUGGCAAAGCGUGACGCACCCCGUAGUGACAUGGCGAUGCGUGGCGCACCCCGUAGUGACGUGGCGACGUGUGGCGCACCCCGUGGUGACGUGGCGAUGCGUGACGCACCCCAUAGUGACGUGGCGAUGCGUGACGCACCACGUAGUGACGUGGCGAUGCAUGGCGCUGCCCAUGGUGACGUGGCAACGCGUGACGCACCCCGUAGUGACGUGGCGAUGCGUGACGCACCCCGUAGUGAUGUGGCGAUGCGUGACGCACCCCGUAGUGACGUGGCGAUGUGUGACGCACCCCGUAGUGACGUGGCGAUGCGUGACACACCCCGUAGUGACGUGGCGAUGAAUGACGCACCCCAUAGUGACGUGGCGAUGCGUGGCGCUGCCCGUAGUGACGUGGCGAUGCGUGACGCACCCCGUAGUGACGUGGCGAUGCGUGGCGCUCCCCGUAGUGACGUGGCGAUGCGUGACGCACCCCGUAGUGACGUGGCGAUGCGUGACGCACCUCGAAGUGACAUGGCGAUGCGUGACGCACCCCGUUGUGACGUGGCGAUGCGUGACGCACCCCGUAGUGUCGUGGCGAUACGUGACACACCGCGUAGUGACGUGGCGAUGAAUGACGCACUCCAUAGUGACGUGGCGAUGCGUGGCGCUGCCCGUAGUGACGUGGCGAUGCGUGACACACCCCGUAGUGACGUGGCGAUGCGUGACGCACCCCGUAGUGACGUGGCGAUGUGUGACGCACUCCGUAGUGACGUGGCGAUGUGUGACGCACCCCGUAGUGACGUGGCGAUGCGUGACACACCCCGUAGUGACGUGGCGAUGAAUGACGCACCCCAUAGUGACUUGGAGAUGCGUGGCGUUGCCCGUAGUGACGUGGCGAUGCGUGACGCACCCCGUAGUGACGUGGCGAUGCGUGACGCACCCCGUAGUGACGUGGCGAUGCGUGACGCACCCCGUAGUGACGUGGCGAUGAAUGACGCACCCCAUAGUGACGUGGCGAUGCGUGGCGCACCCCGUAGUGACGUGGCGAUGUGUGACGCACCCCGUAGUGACGUGGCGAUGCGUGACACACCCCGUAGUGACGUGGCAAUGAAUGACGCACCCCAUAGUGACGUGGCUAUGUGUGGAGCACCCCGUAGUGACGUGGCGAUGGGUGGGGCACCCCGUACUGACGUGACGAUGGGUGGCGCAACCCGUAGUGACGUGGCGAUGCGUUGCGCACCCCGUAGUGACGUGGCGAUGCGUGGCUCACCUCGUAGUGACGUGGCGAUGCGUCGCGCACCCCGUAGUGACGUGGCGAUGCAUGGAGCACCCCGUAGUGACGUGGCGAUGCGUGGCGCACCCCGUGGUGACGUGGCAAAGCGUGGCGCAGCACGUACUGACCUGGCGAGUCAUGGCGCACCCCGUAGUGACGUGGCGAUGCGUGGCGCACCCCGUAGUGACGUGGCGAUGCGGCGCGCACCCCGUAGUGACGUGGCGAUGCGUGACGCACCUCGUAGUGACGUGGCGAUGUGUGACGCACUCCGUAGUGACGUGGCGAUGUGUGACGCACCCCGUAGUGACGUGGCGAUGCGUGACACACCCCGUAGUGACGUGGCGAUGAAUGACGCACCCCAUAGUGACUUGGAGAUGCGUGGCGUUGCCCGUAGUGACGUGGCGAUGCGUGACGCACCCCGUAGUGACGUGGCGAUGCGUGACGCACCCCGUAGUGACGUGGCGAUGCGUGACGCACCCCGUAGUGACGUGGCGAUGAAUGACGCACCCCAUAGUGACGUGGCGAUGCGUGGCGCACCCCGUAGUGACGUGGCGAUGUGUGACGCACCCCGUAGUGACGUGGCGAUGCGUGACACACCCCGUAGUGACGUGGCAAUGAAUGACGCACCCCAUAGUGACGUGGCUAUGUGUGGAGCACCCCGUAGUGACGUGGCGAUGGGUGGGGCACCCCGUACUGACGUGACGAUGGGUGGCGCAACCCGUAGUGACGUGGCGAUGCGUUGCGCACCCCGUAGUGACGUGGCGAUGCGUGGCUCACCUCGUAGUGACGUGGCGAUGCGUCGCGCACCCCGUAGUGACGUGGCGAUGCAUGGAGCACCCCGUAGUGACGUGGCGAUGCGUGGCGCACCCCGUGGUGACGUGGCAAAGCGUGGCGCAGCACGUACUGACCUGGCGAGUCAUGGCGCACCCCGUAGUGACGUGGCGAUGCGUGGCGCACCCCGUAGUGACGUGGCGAUGCGGCGCGCACCCCGUAGUGACGUGGCGAUGCGUGACGCACCUCGUAGUGACGUGGCGAUGCAUGGCGCUGCCCAUGGUGACGUGGCAACGCGUGACGCACCCCGUAGUGACGUGGCGAUGCGUGACGCACCCCGUAGUGAUGUGGCGAUGCGUGACGCACCCCGUAGUGACGUGGCGAUGUGUGACGCACCCCGUAGUGACGUGGCGAUGCGUGACACACCCCGUAGUGACGUGGCGAUGAAUGACGCACCCCAUAGUGACGUGGCGAUGCGUGGCGCUGCCCGUAGUGACGUGGCGAUGCGUGACGCACCCCGUAGUGACGUGGCGAUGCGUGGCGCUCCCCGUAGUGACGUGGCGAUGCGUGACGCACCCCGUAGUGACGUGGCGAUGCGUGACGCACCUCGAAGUGACAUGGCGAUGCGUGACGCACCCCGUUGUGACGUGGCGAUGCGUGACGCACCCCGUAGUGUCGUGGCGAUACGUGACACACCGCGUAGUGACGUGGCGAUGAAUGACGCACUCCAUAGUGACGUGGCGAUGCGUGGCGCUGCCCGUAGUGACGUGGCGAUGCGUGACACACCCCGUAGUGACGUGGCGAUGCGUGACGCACCCCGUAGUGACGUGGCGAUGUGUGACGCACUCCGUAGUGACGUGGCGAUGUGUGACGCACCCCGUAGUGACGUGGCGAUGCGUGACACACCCCGUAGUGACGUGGCGAUGAAUGACGCACCCCAUAGUGACUUGGAGAUGCGUGGCGUUGCCCGUAGUGACGUGGCGAUGCGUGACGCACCCCGUAGUGACGUGGCGAUGCGUGACGCACCCCGUAGUGACGUGGCGAUGCGUGACGCACCCCGUAGUGACGUGGCGAUGAAUGACGCACCCCAUAGUGACGUGGCGAUGCGUGGCGCACCCCGUAGUGACGUGGCGAUGUGUGACGCACCCCGUAGUGACGUGGCGAUGCGUGACACACCCCGUAGUGACGUGGCAAUGAAUGACGCACCCCAUAGUGACGUGGCUAUGUGUGGAGCACCCCGUAGUGACGUGGCGAUGGGUGGGGCACCCCGUACUGACGUGACGAUGGGUGGCGCAACCCGUAGUGACGUGGCGAUGCGUUGCGCACCCCGUAGUGACGUGGCGAUGCGUGGCUCACCUCGUAGUGACGUGGCGAUGCGUCGCGCACCCCGUAGUGACGUGGCGAUGCAUGGAGCACCCCGUAGUGACGUGGCGAUGCGUGGCGCACCCCGUGGUGACGUGGCAAAGCGUGGCGCAGCACGUACUGACCUGGCGAGUCAUGGCGCACCCCGUAGUGACGUGGCGAUGCGUGGCGCACCCCGUAGUGACGUGGCGAUGCGGCGCGCACCCCGUAGUGACGUGGCGAUGCGUGACGCACCUCGUAGUGACGUGGCGAUGCAUGGCGCGCCCCGUAGUGACGUGGCGAUGCGUCGCGCACUCCGUAGUGACGUGGCGAUGCAUGGCGCACCCCGUAGUGACGUGGCGAUGCGUGACGCACCCCUUAGUGACGUGGCGAUGCGUGGCGCACCCCUUAGUGACGUGGCGAUGCGUGGUGUACCCCGUAGGGACGUGACGAUGCAUGGCGCAACCCGUAGUGACGUGGCGAUCUGUCAUCGCCGCCCAUCUGUCCACAUCAUCGCCGCCAGCGGGCAAGCCCUGGCGGAUGGCGGCGGCGGAUGGCGUGGCGCUGCCGGUGACGUGGCGUGCGCUGCCGGUGAUGUGGCGUGCGCUGCUGGUGACGUGGCGCGGCGCUGCCGCCGGCUCGGGGCUGCUAGGCUCGGCGCUGCUGGGCUCGGGCCAGCCGGACCGGGGCUGCUAGGCUCGGGGCUGCCAAAUCGGGUCAUCACGAGGCAACGAAGCCACGUGGCGCCAUGCGGAAAGAAACACGGAAAUAUGAAGCCCAUGUCCCAUCCCUCAGCCCAUGUCCCAUUCCUCAGCCCAUGUCCCAUCCGGCAGCCCAUCUCCCAUCCCCCACCCAGCCCAUCAACUCCCCCCACCCAGCCCAUCAACUCCCCCCACCCAGCCCAUCAACUCCCCCCAUCCAGGCCAUCAGUUCCCCCCACCCAGGCCAUCAACUCCCCCCACCCAGGCCAUCAGUUCCCCCCACCCAGGCCAUCAACUCCCCCCACCCAGGCCAUCAACUCCCCCCACCCAGGCCAUCAGUUCCCCCCACCCAGGCCAUCAGAAUUAUGGUCCCCCAUACCAUACCCAUAUCAGCCCCCUGGCAGGAAUUAUGGCUACACUGACGUGCUGGAGAGCUGGGUGUGUGAAACAGCACUCCUCAUCAACCUAUCUCUCUCCCCUCCACCGCACUGCAUCUCAUUAAACCCCGUUUCCACCCCUGCGUCUGUCCCAGGCUACACUGACAUGCUGGAGAACUGGGUGCGCCACGUCAGCAAUGCGGGGCUGGGAGCGCACUUUAUCCUCUUUGCCGAGGACGAGGAGACCCUUAGGUUCGGCCAGACCAGAUGGCCCGGGCAGGUGAGGCAUGGGCAAGUGGUAAGGCAGUUAGGAGUGGAAAGGUGUGUGCAGCCGUGGGUGCAGCUUCACGUGCAGCAGACGGACCCCCUCGUGCCCAUGGUGGCCUCAGCCGAGCGCUUUGUUAUCGUCACCGCAGCGUGCAAAGGUAGGUGUGGGAGCGGCAGCAAUCAGGUGCCUGUCCUGUCCCUAACCCCUUUCACUCCGUCUUUCCCCAACAUUACCUACCACGUCAAGUCCCUCUCUUCACCAAGUCAAGUCCCUCUCUUCACCAACUGGUUCAACGCCAUGCACUCUGUCAAGUGCCUCUCUUCACCAAUUGAUUUCACGCCAUGCACUCUGCUGCCAUGCCCCACCUCCGAUCAAGCUCUCUGCUUCUCCACCCCCUAUCCCUCUAUCCCCCUCCCCUCCCCUGCGUUCUACCAGGUGGAGGGCACGAGCGAGGGCCUGCUAAGACAGCCGGAGGAGAGCGAGUCAGACCACAAGGCAGCCCUCACAUGCCUGCUGCUGCCCUUGCUGCUCAUGGAGCGAGUGCUCAAGCUCGGCUACAACGUCAUUUACAGUGACAUUUCCUCUGUAUGGCUCCAAGACCCUCUCCCGUUCCUCCCUCCCGAGUUCAACGCAGCCCUCCCCUCCUCCGUCCCCUCAUCCACCCAACCACCGCCGCCCUCCAACAACAAAAUCGACAGCAAACUCAAACGCACCCUACCAAUUUCUCGCCCCGACUUGGGAUAUUUCUCUCCCUGGUUCGCCGCCCUUCGCCCAUCCCGGCCAAUUCUCCUGAUGCUGAAAGAAUGGGCUGUUCUCGCGUUGGAAGAUUACCGAGAAAGAACAGCCGUGGCGCAUAGAAACUCCCUCGUGCGCUCGCUGUCCGCUUCGGAGAGCUUAAAAGUGGGGCUGAAUGAGGCUAUAACGAGGAUGGUGGAGGAGAGCGAGCCGGGGUCAAAUGUUGGCGUGUUGUCGCGGUGGUUGUUUCUGCCUGUGUGGAAGGUUAUGGGGGAGAGGGAAUGGUUUGCGAGGCAUAGGGAGGAGGUAGUUGUUGUGCCCAAUGAUUGCGGGGAUGAUGUGAGCCAUAGGGAGAUGUGCUUCAGGGAUCUGAAGCUGUGGGUGUAG